AUGAAUUCGACAAAUGUUUCAUCGAAUGCUUCGACGACUGUUUCCUCUGCUGCGCCAGCAAGCGAAGUGAAGAUUGGAAGAUCACUAUACACUCAGACAACGUGCUUUGUUAUUGCCACGAUGGCCUUUCUUGGGAAUCUGCUUGUAAUUCUCCUCAUCCUUGUGAAAAAAGGAAAAUUUUUGAAGAAAUCUUACAACAUUUUGAUUCUAUCCUUGGCCAUGUCUGAUAUUCUCACCGCUUUGAUGCUUGUCACAAACCCAGCUUUGGUCCUUGGUGACGCGUUUCCUUAUCCUAACAAUCACGUCUUGGGCGAGGUCUUCUGUCGAAUUAUUUGGAGUCGUACGUUUCUCUUCCAGUUGUUGGUUUUCUCUGCCUACAUCUGUAUGGCUUUGGCAACGGAGCGUUGGUUUGCAGUGGUUAAGCCUCAACAGUACAACCAGGUCUUCAACAAGAAGCGCACGCUCGUUUAUAUCUUCCUCGUGUGGCUGUGGUCGGUUAUCCUUUGUGCUUCAAGUUCGUUUCAGCUCUCCUACAUAUCGUCGAAUCCCCCAAAUAGCCGAUGCAAAUGGAACUUUGGCUCGGCUACUCAAACAGUCCGCAUCAUUAUCGCAGUCAUUCAAACCUUCUUCAAAAUGGCGUUUCCGUGUCUGACCAUGUUGUUCCUGUUCAUUCACAUGGUUUACAAAGCAAGCAAAUCCACAGUCACCUCAGAUGAGAGCAAGGCUAAAUUGCGCGGAAAAAUAACGCGGAUGGUUGGUGCGGCUUCUUUGGCAUUAAUAAUCUGUUUCGCACCGUCUCAGAUUAACUACACCCUGGCAGUGGCGGGAAAAACAAGACUAGAUAACACUGUACACCACGUUCUCUCGCUCUUGGCGUUGGUCAACAGCUGUUUGAACCCGUUCAUCUACGGGCUGAGCAACAAAAAUUACCGCCAAGGUUAUCAGCAGAUUCUACUUUCACUGUACCCUUGGUGCAUCAAGAGACAUGGAAACAGAGUGGUGUCACGUCCGAUAAGUCGCCGGACCGAUUUAACCAGGCCGGGUACUUCGAGUUAG